UCUCUCUCUCUCUCCGAAGUUUCUUGGGGAUUUCAGAGGUGGGACUGCCGGGGUGUUUGGUAUUGUGUUUGAGUUGCUUCUUCAAAAUAGUUGAUCUUUAGGGUAUUGGAUGUAAUGAUGAGCAAGGAAUGAAGGUGCUUACAGUGGUUUGUUUUUUUUUUCAAAAAAAUAGGGAAUGGGUUGAAACUUUAAAGGUGCUCUAGCAUCCACUUUUGAUUUGAAAGGGGAUCUCCUAAAGGAACCACCAGAAGAUGAUGAUCUUAUCAGGUUGGUAGUGGUUUAUUUGUAGAUUGUCUCCUAAACACCGAAACAAGGAAGCUGAGCAAAUUCUUCAAAAAGAAUCUAUAAACUAGUAUAUAGGCUACUCUGUUGAUGGAAUUGUUGAUCAGAGAGCAUAGGAGUUAUUAGCAGCUGAUCACUGAAUGAGCUGAACCGCAUUGAGGAACGAAGCUGUCACCAUGCUGUGCACUUGCUCAGGACAGCAGUUCCAGCUUGAAGAGAAUGAGAUGCCUCAGUCACCGGAAUCUCUUGCAACGAGGGACUUCUCUGUCAGUGGCCUCUCAUCGAAAACAGGAGAUUGGGAUUCAAAGUUUGAUGAUAGCCAAGUAGAUGAUGUAGAAUCUACACUAAAAGAGACUCUAUCAUUGAAUUACGAGGAAGCACGGGCAUUAUUAGGUCGAUUGGAGUACCAGAGAGGAAAUUGUGAUGCAGCAUUGCAAGUGUUUCAAGGAAUUGAUAUUCGUGGCUUGAGGCCAAGGAUGAUUAAAGCUAUUGCUGAAAGAACUCAGCAUAGAAAGAAUCGUCCCAAAGGAGAAAACUUGCAGGUGAAUCUAAUGUCGAUGCAUUCAGUUAGUCUUCUUCUCGAAGCAAUAUUUCUUAAAUCCAAGUCUUUGGAGCAGCUUGGUCGACAUAAAGAUGCUGCACUGGAAUGCAAAAAUAUCCUGGACAUUAUCGAAUCUGCAUGGCCUGAUGGUAUGCCGGAGGGAGUAAGAGGUGAGUCUAAACUGAAGGAAAUGUUUCACAAAGCACUGGAAUUGCUUCCUAAGCUUUGGAAACAGGCUGGUUUUCUUGAGGAAGCUAUUUCUGCAUAUCGCCGUGCUCUUGUUAGGCACUGGAGUUUAGAUCUGAAAAGGUGGGCUAGCUUACAGAAAGACUUGGCAACAGUUUUACUAUAUGGUGGUGCUGAAGUACCCCUGCCUCAACAAUUUCAACAAGUUUGGGGACAUAUGACACCUACAAGUAACAUAGAGGAAGCAAUACUGUUGUUGCUGAUACUCAUGAGAAAGGUAGCCUUCCAGGAAAUAAAUUGGGAUGCUGAGAUCAUGGAUCAUCUUAUUUAUGCACUUUCACUAUCUGGACAAUUUGAACUUUUGGCAGGUCAUGUAGAACAAGUGUUGCCAGGUAUCUAUAGUAGAGGUGAAAGAUGGUAUCUUCUUGCACUUUGUUACAGUGCUGCGGGACUAGAUGAUGUUGCAUUGAACAUUUUAAAAAAGGGUUUGGGUCAUUCAGAAAGGAAGCACAAACCGCAUCUGCCAUCACUUUUAUUAGGAGCAAAGUUGUGUUAUAAAAAUCCAUAUCAUGCUUGUGAAGGGACAAACUUUGCAAUGAAGGCAAUUGAAUUUACUAAUAAUCAAGAAAAGCAUUUAAGGGGUGUUGCUAGCCACUUGCUUGGUGUUUACUAUGGAUAUUGUGCUCAGUCUUCCAUCUCUGAUUCACAAAGACUGAGGUUACAAAGUGAAUCUCUGAAGUCAUUACACCAUGCGGCAACUAUUGAGAAAGAUGAUCCUGAGGUCAUAUAUAGCCUUGGGAGGGAGAAUGCAAUACAACGAAAUCUUAACACAGCUGUUGAAAGUGCAAUAAAGUAUCUGGAUAUGGUGGGUGGGAGCUCAGUGAGUGGCUGGAAACUAUUAGCUCUGGUAGUAUCUGCAGAGCAGAACUUCAAGGAUGCUGAAGCAAUAGUUGAUCUUGCUAUAGAUGAGACUGGAAAAGUGGAUCAUUUGGAUUUUCUACGGUUAAAAGCUUUACUUCAGGUUGCUCAGGAACAGCCCAGGAAUGCAAUAGAUACUUACAGAAUUCUGCUUGCCAUGAUUCAGGCGCAGAAGGAACUUAAGUCUUGGAGCACCAGUUCUGAGGGUAAAGCAGUAAAAGAUUUAGAAAUGGAAGCAUGGGUAGAUUUGUCAUUCAUUUAUACAAAACUGGAAUCAUGGAAUGAUUCGUAUGUUUGCUUGGAAAAAGCCAAAUCUGUCGAAAUUUUCUCUCCGAAGUGCUGGCAUGCAACAGGCAUGCUACUGGAAGCUCAGUCAUUGCAUGUAGACGCUUUGGUAGCUUUUUCAGUUGCACUCUCGAUUGAACCAGACUAUGUUCCAAGCAUGGUUUCUAUAGCAGCUGUUCUAAGGAUGUUUGGAGGGAAAUCACUGUCACUUGCAAGGAGCUUCUUAAUGAAUGCUCUCCGUCUAGAACCGACAAAUCAUAAUGCCUGGUUGAAUCUUGGUUACAUCUCAAAAGCAGAAGGUUCACUGCAUCAAGCAGCAGACUGUUUCCAAGCAGCUUACGAGCUCAGGCAAUCAUCUCCUGUGCAGAACUUUACUCAAACUCUUUCCAACUGUCACAUAUGACAUAUCCUCAAGUUGAAUGUUGAAAUUUACUGCUAAAGUGAAGCAGUAAACAGUGAACAGCUAUAGGCACUGACAUCACUUUGCAGCUGUUUCGCUCAUUUAGAAGUCUUAUGUACAUAGUGGUUAAGAUUAGAAGGAUACAUGUUCAGAUUCUCAAGCCUUAACACCUCAUAAAAUGAUCUGUGGCAGCUCUAGCUUUAGGAUAUCUCUCAGAGUUUUCUUUACUCGUCACUGUAUGAAUCUUGUAAGGUCAUGUUGAGUACACAGUGUAGAUGUGAAGAACAGAGCUUAUAUUUUAUAUCUGAUUUGAUUUUUUUUUUUUGUGAGAAAACAGCAAUGCUAUGUACAAAAAGAGAGCACAUCUUUCUUUGCAGACUAUGAUCGAAUCUUAGCUUCUCAAUAAAUUUGUGCUGGUCGAGGUCCUAUUCAGAGUGCUUCCAUGAAAUUAAGGUAACAUGAGUAAGAGGAUCAGCUGGCAUAAUAAUUUUUCUUC